AUGGAAGUAAACCAUACGGGAGUAAACAUUGCAGAACAGCUUGGAGAAGUGGCGGACGCCUUUGCCAUUCCGAAUUAUAAGCGAGUAGCCGUUGUCCACGACAAUGCCAGCAACAUGAAGCUGUGCACAGAGACGCUGAAGAAAGAACCAGAGAAAUGGGGCAACGUUCAAGGAGUCUACUGCUCAGGACACACGCUACAGCUCAUCACGAAGAAAGCAGAUCGCACCCUGGACCUGACAGCAGACCAGUGGAAACUAGCACAGGAGACAGCAGAAGUGCUGGGGCCUCUAAUCACGCUCACAGAACUGCUAUCUCAGGAGGAGAAGGUGUCGUUGUCUGCAACAAUGCAAAUGCUCUUUAACCUGAAGAGACGCCACCUGUCACCGAAGGAGGAUGACAGCCCUGUCAUCGGAGAAGUGAAGAAGACCCUCGUCACGGAGAUCGACAGCAGAUGGAAGCUGUCACUUUUGGAGCCCAGCAGCAUCUACCUCCUUUCUUCAGCACUGGACCAGCGAUUUAAGCAUUUAAAAUUCUUCACGAACGAGAAGAAGGACCUUGUCUACAUUGAGGUUGUCCGCCUGGCUGAACAUCUACACCAGCGACAGACCGUUCGGGAGGUGGAAGGAGAGCCGGCAACAAGCGAUAGAGAAGAGGAGACUGCCGUGCCACCCCCCAAAAAAAAGAAACAGCAGGAUAUGCUGAUGCAGUCUGAGUCCGAUGAUGAAGAGGAACAAGAACACGAUGGAGACAGCGCAAAGAAAGAGAUGGAGAAAUAUUUGAGGGACACGACUACAAUCCAGUCUGGCCUACUUGCAUGGUGGAAGCACAACAGUGACCGGUAUCCCAAACUGGCAUGUGCGGCCAAGCACUGCCUUUGCGUUCCGGCCACUUCAACCCCGUCAGAGCGUAUUUUCUCAAAGGCUGGCUACAUCGUGAACAAGACAAGAAGUUCACUUUUACCUGAGAAUGUGGAUAAACUCAUCUUCCUCGCACACAACAUGUGUAGGUAG